AAGAUUCUAGGAACAGAAAGGGAAAGAAAACAUCACCACGUACAUUCUCGACAUUCUUUCCCAGCAGCGUUCAAUUUGCAACAAUAAAUAGUAUCUUUUUAUAUUUGAAUGAACAAUGAUAAAAUUAACGUGCCUGAACCUGGAAUUAUUAUUAUGGAUGUUAUGUUGCGCACAUGGACAGUUUUUUGAGAUACAGACAAAGUUUUUCAAUGGGAAGCUGAUAUUUACAUGGAGCAAUACCUCAACUAUCCGUAAUGAUAUACGCAUCACUAAGGAUUCUCAAACCAGUCCUUGGAUAGUCGUGUUUGAUGACCAGUACACUGUAGAGGAUGUACUUCUCUACAAAUCUGUCAGUAUCAACGUUCGAGAGUAUUACAAUGAAAACUUCAACAAAGGUCAAGAGGACUACGAAAAGACAUAUUACGUCUUUGCUGUAGAGUCUAUGGUGGGUGAAUCAAAAAAUGUUUCAUGGACUGUCGAAUAUUUUCCAAGAAGUGGAAUAUAUUUCAUUUUUCAUGAAUAUAACGGUACAGUUUCAACAGUAAUAGGGAUAGAAAAUGCUGAUCCGCUACCGACUGAAAAGUAUGUAUAUCACACCCGACCAUUCAAUUCUGUUAACAUACUGCUAGAGGUCAGAAACAUAACAGUGGAAGAUGCCGGAUAUUACGUAGGAGGUUCCACGGAGGCGGAUGCCUGGAGAGGAGGAGGAGUUGUUCUUAUUGUCUCUGGAAUGCCAGAGAAACCAAUAAUAACAGGAACACUUAAUGUCAAGGUGGGGGACUACGCUUUCUUGAAAUGUGAAAGUAGAUCUACAUCGGCUCCAUACUAUUACAAGAAGUUUCCGCCAUUAUCGUAUUCAUGGUUUGUCAACAACACCAGACUAGACAGAGAGAUUAGAGAGACAUACAACUUUACUGUCACCAAAGACGUUAAAUACAACAGAUACAGCUGUCAGGCAAAGGAAACCCUAGAAUCAGAGAAAAGUGAAGAAACUCAGAUUAACCCUUUAUAUGGUCCAGAUACUAUACUUGUAACCCCCGGGCCACCCAUUGACGGACUAAGUAUUCAUGACGGGGGAACUUUUGGUCCAUACACCUGUUCAGCUGACUGUAACACACCUUGUACCGUGCAAUGGAAGUAUAAACACCCAGACGGGGGUCUCAGAGACGCUACAUCAAAUGGGACGACUACAGUUACCGUACCAGUACAAACAGCUAAUAGAAGUAGUAUGGCCUUGAUUCAAUGUGUUCUAAGCGGCAUUGAGGGCAAAAUAUUAUCACCUAUCAAGUUUAACAUUCAGUAUUUAUCGAAUCCAAAGAUAUAUAUUAAUGGCAAUCUUCAAAAAAGCCGAACAGUUGAUGAAGGAUCUCCUCUACUUUUGGUUUGUAAUGUGGAGGGAAAUCCAAUGCCCGAGAUCAUUUUGAGAAAACUCACUGGUAACAAGAUCCUGGGACAACAUAGAAGUACCUGGUUCAACCACACAAUGAUCAGGGAAGCCCAGUGCUCUGACACAAGCACCUACAGCUGUGAAGGAAGCUCUUCAGAGUUUGAUAGCAAAUAUCAGUCAGUCAAUAUCAACGUUCUUUGCGACCCUCGCCUCGAUAUGUCGACUCUAGUUAAAACCAACUAUGGUUCCAUGAGUGGCCCGGAUGUUAUUGUGCCUGUAACUGUGCCAGUGAUUGCAAAUCCUGCCAUAUCUCCAUCAGGGAUCACGUGGUCAGGUCCGUCAGCAACUUCUAUAUUGACAAGUAUAGAUACACAAGGCGAUACUUUUAUAUACAAACAAAUGAUCAAAAGCAGCAUCCCAAUUCCUGACCAGAGAGCCUUCGGAAACUACUCACUAAUGUACAGAGGGAAAACGAUUGUUGAUAUUAUAAUUAAGUCAGAAGAUAAACCUCAACCUCCUUUAAAAUUUACCGGACAUUCCUACGCCUCUGGGUACGUCAAUCUCACCUGGAUAUCAAACUUUAAUGGCGGACUGGACCAAGUCUUCACCUUGUAUCGUAAAGAGGGGUCCAACUGGAGAGUUAUCAAAAAUUUAACAGACCCGGGGGAAGGUGAAGUUGGGUUCUUUGACCCAGGACUGUUGAACACAGGUCAAGAAUACUGGUUCCGGUUAGAGAGUUGUAAUAGAAUCAGCUGUUCCUCAAGGCCUGCUGAAUUCAAGGUCACAGUGCGAGAUGUAUGUGCAGUUUCUAGAGAAGCCUCUACUCGGACGGCCUGGGUGGUUGUUGGAGUCUUCAUUGGUUUAUCUAUUUUGUUGCUGACACACUUUGGUGUUUAUAAGUUUGCUUUUUAUCGAGCAAUACAAAGAGGUUUGAAUAAACCACCUCAGCCAUCCAACGAUAUGAAAAUCAUGAAUAAAGAAUAUGAGAACAUUAAUGACGUCACCGAAGAAACACAACAUCAAAAUCCUAACACUCAAACAUACGAAGACGUAACAGAGAACACAGAGGAAAUACAACCACUGACAGAUUAUCAGAAUAUCAUUGGACAUCAGGAUAACCAAUAUGAAGAGUUAAAGCCUGAUCAAGAUAGACUUUACUCGUCUCUGAAAGUUCAAUGAACUUACGUAUAGAGGUAAACCUUUUUAUGUAUAGAGAACUUUCAUUUUUUUCACAAAUGUAUAUUAAAAUAUUUUAAUUAAUUUUGAAAGACAAGGUACUACACUAUUUGCCUUUAACUUAUAAAAUAGAUUCGUUUGAAAAAAAAUAUCAGCGUAAAGAGAGAGAGGAUGAAAUAAAUACAAAGAUUAUACAAUAUCCUUCGUGCUAUUAUAACAUUUUUGAGCUGAUAACCACUUUGAUUUCUGAGGAGUUGAGAUUUUUUUUUUUACAGGCUCAUUAUAUUAUGGGAGGAAACAUAAUUAUACUUAAAAUGCGUAACACUUCCAUAAAUUAAAUAUUCCUAUCUAUUUUGUUUUAUUUUAUUGUGUUUCAUUAUUUUAUUAACUAUUGUCUUUUCUUUACAUCUUUAUAUCAGAAAGUACCCAAGUUUUAUUUGGUAUUCACAUAUAUUUUUUAAUGUUUAUUUCUCAUUAAAUGUGCUAUUGAUAAUUUUGUCUAUGUAUGUUUGUUUCAAUACGUGUGUGCGUACAUAUACUUAAUUGUUUUUAGAAUUCAUAUUUGUUCC